GAUGGUAGCCUCACCGGUUUGAAACAUCAACAUGCGAUCUUUCUCUCUCAGUCGCUGUAUCGAAAGAACCGUUGAAGAAGCCUUGGUCCAACUCGUCAGCCUCAAGAUGUUCGGGAGUGGAGCCAAGAAGUGGUUCAUCACGAAGCAGAAGAAACAAAAACCCGCGAGGUCGACCAGGAAACCCUUCGGCCGGGGGAGGAAGAAGAAAUGGGCAGCGAGGGUCGUGAGACGGAACCGUGAGACGAUUCUGAACGAGCUGGAUGUAAACAGCGUGCUGCCGUACCUGGUGAACGACAAGGUGUUCUCCCUGGUGGAGUACAAGGAGGUACUGGGCCAGGACUCCAGCAGAAAGAGGGCCGAGGUGUUCCUGGACCAGUUGUCUUCCAAGGAGCCGUCUGCAUUCUGCGCUUUCUGUUCCGUGGUGGAGGAAGUCUGUCCCCACCUGCUGACCUGCUUUCUGUUGAAUUGUGAAGAGGGUCCCUGUGAGCAGGGCAGCAGGAGGAAGGACUCCCAAGAACUCCUGCUGAGCACCUCCAUGUCCGCAGACCCAACAUAUGAUCCCAGGAUUCACCCCAGCCUCCUUCACCCCGGUAACCUCCCCCACGGCAGAGCCAGCCGCGGCCAGGGCCUCGGAGCUCACGCUCACAGCAGCGUUUACGGGAGCGGCUCCAUCUCCGCGUCGUCCUCGGUGAGCACCAUCCACCAGGCAAAGCCUUCGCUGCGCCGGAUCAAGGGACGCAUCCACCGGAGCAAGAGCCUCGACAGCAUCGACCUCCUGGACGCUAACAGUGCAGCGAUGGAGGAGACCGUAAUCUGGGAGCAACAUACUGUUACUCUCCACAGGGCACCAGGUUUUGGCUUCGGGAUUGCCAUCUCAGGAGGUCGGGAUAACCCUCAUUUUCAGAGCGGCGAGACCUCCAUCGUUAUCUCAGACGUCCUGAAGGGAGGCCCAGCCGAGGGCCUUUUGCAGGAAAAUGACAGAGUCACAAUGGUCAACGCCGUCUCAAUGGACAACGUGGAGCACGCAUAUGCAGUCCAGCAGCUACGGAAAAGUGGCAAGAACGCAAAAAUCACAAUCAGAAGGAAGCGGAAGGUGCAUGUUCCGGUGGGUCGGCUCGGGGAGAGGGAGACCAUGUCCGAGCAUGACGAGGAGGAGGAGGACAGCUACGAUGAGGAGAUAUACGAGAGUCGCUCCGCCCGCAGCGCUUACAGCGGCGUGGGAGGGGCCUCCGCACGACGCAGCGGGAGAAGCACCGGAAGGCGGGACCGGGACAGGGAGCGGGGCCGCAGCGGCUCGCGGGAGAGGAGCAUCUCGCCCCGCUCUGACCGCCGCUCACUCAACCAGCCCCCGCGGCCCGCCAAAGUUACCCUUGUCAAGUCCCGCAAGAAUGAAGCAGAAUAUGGCCUUCGCCUGGCCAGCCACAUCUUUGUCAAGGACAUCUCCCCUGAGAGCCUGGCAGCCAGGGACGGAAACAUCCAGGAGGGAGACGUAGUACUGAAGAUCAACGGCACAGUCACCGAGAACCUGUCGCUGAUAGACGCUAAGAAGCUAAUAGAAAGGUCAAAAGGCAAACUGAAGAUGGUGGUGCAGAGGGACGAGAGGGCGACACUGCUGAACAUACCGGACCUGGACGACAGCAUCCCCUCGGCCAACGCCUCUGACAGAGACGGUGAGGGCGAGUACAUAGACAUUUCAGAUAUCCAUUCCCUGGCAUCGGACCAUUCCAACCGCUCCCACAACAGACACCGUAGGAGCCGCUCCCGCUCCCCUGACAGACGCUCUGAGCCCUCCGACCACUCCAGACACUCCCCUCCACAGAUCAGCAACGGCAGACGCUUCAGUUGGAGAAUACCUAUCAUGCCAUCCAAACAGCGGAACACAGCAGAACUCUGCUUGCCUUGUUUCGGCUCAGCUCGUCACAGAAGUCGUGAGGAAGAGAGGAUGUCAAAGCCAACAGUGGCUCCAGCCAAACUAGCAGAGGAUGUCCCUGUUUUGUCCAAGCCAAUGGAGCAGCCGCUGGCUAGAGAGGAGAAACAGCUUCCUCCUCUACCAGAGCCCAAGCCAGUGUACGCCCAGCCCGGCCAGCCUGACGUGGACCUGCCAGUCAGCCCCGCUGAUGCUCCGGUGCCAAGCACCGCACACGACGACAGCAUCCUACGGCCCAGCAUGAAGCUGGUGAAGUUUAAGAAGGGGGAGAGUGUGGGUCUGCGCCUGGCUGGGGGGAACGACGUGGGCAUCUUCGUAGCAGGAGUCCUGGAGGACAGCCCGGCUGCUAAGGAGGGUCUGGAGGAGGGCGACCAAAUUCUCAGGGUAAACAAUGUGGACUUUGCUAACAUAAUCCGAGAAGAGGCGGUGCUGUUCCUCCUGGACCUCCCUAAAGGUGAAGAGGUCACCAUCCUGGCUCAAAGGAAGAAGGAUGUGUACCGGCGGAUCGUGGAGUCUGACGUUGGUGACUCGUUCUACAUCCGGACCCACUUUGAGUAUGAGAAGGAGUCUCCAUAUGGCCUUAGCUUCAACAAGGGAGAGGUGUUCCGGGUGGUGGACACCCUCUACAACGGCAAGCUGGGCUCCUGGCUCGCCAUCCGCAUCGGCAAGAACCACCAGGAGGUGGAGAGAGGCAUCAUCCCCAACAAGAACAGAGCGGAACAGCUGUCCAGCGUGCAGUACACCCUCCCCAAGACAGCAGGAGGCGACAGGGCAGACUUCUGGAGGUUCAGAGGCCUGCGGAGCUCCAAGAGGAACCUAAGGAAGAGCAGGGAGGACCUGUCGGCCCAGCCUGUCCAGACUAAGUUCCCCGCCUACGAGAGGGUGGUGCUACGGGAGGCUGGGUUCCUGAGGCCUGUGGUGAUAUUUGGACCGAUUGCAGACGUGGCCCGAGAGAAACUGUCCAGGGAACAGCCGGAUCUGUUUGAACUUGCUAAGAGUGAACCUAGAGAUGCUGGCACUGACCAGCGCAGUUCAGGAAUCAUCCGUCUUCACACCAUCAAGCAGAUCAUCGACAGGGAUAAGCAUGCCGUGCUGGAUAUCACCCCCAAUGCGGUGGAUCGUCUGAACUACGCCCAGUGGUACCCCAUCGUAGUCUUCCUAAACCCAGACAGCAAGCAGGGUGUCAAGACCAUGAGGACCAGACUAUGUUCAGAGUCCAGGAAGUCUGCCAGGAAGCUGUACGAGAGAGCCCUCAAACUAAGGAAGAACAACCACCACCUCUUCACCACCACCAUUAACAUGAACAAUAUGAAUGACGGCUGGUACGGAGCCCUGAAGGAGACCAUCCAACAGCAGCAGAAUCAGCUGGUCUGGGUGUCCGAGGGCAAGGCGGACGGAGCACCGGACGACGACCUGGACAUCCACGACGACCGCCUGUCCUACCUGUCGGCCCCAGGGAGCGAGUACUCCAUGUACAGCACAGACAGCCGCCACACCUCCGACUACGAGGACACGGACACAGAGGGCGGGGCCUACACCGACCAGGAACUGGACGAGACGCUCAAUGAUGAGGUCGGUUUGCCCACUGAGCCGGCCAUCACCCGUUCUUCCGAGCCGGUCAGGGAGGACCCGCCCGCCAUCCAGGACCCCAUGUCUGGUGGAUAUCCUGCAUACCAGCACGUCGCCCCGCCACCGGACCCCGCUAACCGCAUCGACCCGGCCGGGUUCAAGAUGGCCGCCGCGCCUCAGCAGCAAGACGAUGCUGCUCUGGCUAUUCCUUCCUCACUGCUGCCCUUGGCGGUGGCAGCGCCCCCUACUGUCGAGGCAGAGUUACAGCAGCCUGUACUGCAGCAGCUUGAGGGUAUGACCCUUGACCUCCAGGAGGAGGCUCCGGCUGCAGUUCCUCAGGCUGCAGACUCACUUCUUAGCAGCCCCAGCCCCGCCCCUACUGAGCUAGCCCCGCCCCCAACACCACCGUCACUCGAACCCCAACACCCGUCUGAGCCGCUGCUCGGUCCUGGUUCCCAACCAAAGAUGUACAAGAAGGAGCUGUACAACGUGGACGAGCCAGUGAGAGUGAACCAUGGCGGCAUGAAGCCGUCGCUGAGCUACAGUCACCAGCCUCACCAGCCCUACCAGGACAAACAGCCAUACCGCCAGUACGACCACCCGCCUUACGCCUACUGUAGCGACGGGGGUGGCGGAGGCUACCCAGAACCAAAGGCUCACCAGGGGAACUUUGACCCUCACUCCCCACACCCGACCUACGACAACCGCGUGCCUCACCACUACGGCCAGUGGCCCCCCUACGACCAGCAGACCUCUCCUCCUCAGCCCCUGGGGUAUCACCAGCAGGGAAAUGCGCCCAGGGUGACCCCCUACGAGGACGGCCCUGUCAGGGACUACAGCCCCCCACAGCCCCGCUACGACGAGCCCCCGGCCGGCAUGCAGGGCUACGACGGCAGGCCGCGCCACGGGAAACCAGCGGGGCCUGUACGGUAUGACGAGCCACCACCCUCGGCUGGCACGCACGACCCCCGCUCCCCCUACGAACCCGAAGCCCCUCAUGGCUACCCGCUCAGUUCUCCCCGCUCUCCGGACGGCCCUAAGCAGUAUUAUGGAGACUCAGUUCCUGGUCUAAAGCCCUCAUAUAACCAGGGUCCUUCCAGCCGGGGAGGGGGCUACAGCCGUGAGCCCUUAAUGAAUUCUGAACCGCCCCUGCCUCCUCCCAAACCAGAGCCCCUGGCAUCCCCGGGAGAAAUGGGUGUGAAUGCAGGGUCCAAAACCCUCCCUCCAGCACAUCGUGGGGUUGACGGGGAGGACGACCCGGCCAUGAAGCCACAGUCAGUGCUCAACCGGGUUAAGAUGUUUGAGAACAAGAGGUCUGUGUCAGUGGACAGGGCUAAGGAGGCAGGAGACCCCACAGUGAUGAGGCCUGCAGACCUGCCCAGACCCGUGACUGCACCUGGCCCUGUCCCCAAAGCCAACUCCCUCAGCAACCUGGAACAAGAAAAGCCUUCGUACAGAGGUCCUGAGCCCCAGAAGGCCCCUGGUUCCAGACCCACGGACGACAUGAUUCGCUGCUCCAACCACUACGACCCGGAUGAGGAUGAGGAGUACUACAGGAAGCAGCUGUCUUACUUCGACCGCCGCAGCUUCGACAGCAAGGCCAUGAACCCGGGCCCUGGAAUCAACCGCUUUCCACCGCAGACCCAGCUAGCCUACCCUUACAACAGGGCGGAGUCUGUGGACAAGAGGUACGAGCCCCCCCAAAUCAGCCCUGUGUCCCAGUACGAACCCCCCAGCCCAGCUGUUCCCCCAAACAGCCUGCCCAAACUCAUCACUAAUGACGUAAACUCCCACCCUGACCAGCUCCACAGCUCCUCUCCCAAUACUCGCCCCACUACCCUCCAAGACCCCCCUUCCCAGCCCCAACCAUACCUGGUCCAGAGGUCCCCCGUGGGGGUCAAUGGCACCGACGCACCCCCCAAAACCCCUGGAACCACCCCUACCCUGCAGAGCUACAACCGUUAUGCCCCUAAGCCCUACACCUCCGCAGCCCGGCCCUUUGAGAGGAAGUUUGAGAGCCCAAAGUUCAACCACAACCUCCUGCCCAACGACAGCGGGAAGACGGACCUCUUGAUCAGCAGCAGCAGCCCCAAGCCCAGUGUGGUCAUCAAAAACAACAACAGCAGCAGCACCAAGCCACAGCUGUCUCCUCAAACUCUGGACCAUGACAGUGGCCUGGAUACAUUUACACGCACCAUGGACAACCGGCAGCCCAAAUACCAGCAGCACAACAACCUCGUCAACAACUCUGUGCCCAAGGCCAUACCUGUCAGCCCUAGUGCUCUGGAGGAUGAUGAGGAGGAUGAAGGUCAUACGGUGGUGGCCACGGCGCGGGGGAUCUUCAACUGUAACGGAGGGGUGCUGAGCUCCAUCGAGACGGGUGUGAGCAUCAUCAUCCCUCAGGGGGCCAUCCCUGACAGUGUGGAGCAGGAGAUCUACUUCAAGGUCUGCCGAGACAACAGCAUCCUGCCCCCCCUCGACAAGGAGAAAGGAGAGACCCUGCUCAGUCCGCUGGUGAUGUGUGGUCCUCAUGGCCUGAAGUUCCUGAAGCCCGUGGAGCUCCGCCUACCUCACUGUGCGUCCAUGACCCCUGAUGGUUGGUCUUUUGCUCUAAAAUCCUCCGACUCCUCGUCGGGUGACCCCAAGACAUGGCAGAACAAGUCACUCCCAGGAGACCCCAACUACUUAGUGGGGGCCAACUGUGUGUCCGUGCUCAUCGACCACUUCUGAACAUAGAGGGAGACAGCUGGCCUGUUACUGAAUGUGUUCCAUCAGGGGACGGCCACAGAAAUGUUGCCCCCCACAUCCUGCUGCUGUGACCCUCGUCCUGCUCUCCCCCCUCCCCAACAGGCAGUGGUGGGAAGUACUGGUUGACUUGAUGUACUGAACUUGGUUCUUUAAUAUAAUCUUGAACAUUGAUAUGUUGUUUACUGUGCCACCCUACCCUCCCCCCCAUAAAAAAAAUUAUAAUGAAAUGGGAGGAGUUCCAGUUAAAUGGGAGGAGUCUCAGUGUAGCGUCCCAUCCCAGUGCCGUGCCCCACCCACGCCUCCUUUUGGUUUUUGUUGGUGCUUUAAAAGCUUGCAAAAAAAUUAACUUUUUAAAACGAAAUAUACUAUAUUAUAGAAAUGGAACUGUUGUCGGGAUGCAUGAACAGUGCCACAGACUGACUGAAGAAAAUUCUCAUUUUGAGCAAACGUUUUUAAACAAAGUCUGAGCAGGUUGCAAGACUUUUUUUCUUUUUAUUUUUUGAAAAAAGAUUGAGUAUUGCAACAGGAAUUAUACAUUAUAUAAAUGUAUGCGCUCACAAACAGAAAAGUUGGUAUAUGCAAAAAACUUUUUUGUUUGUGAGGAUGUCUGGUCCUACGUUUCAAGGAUAUCGACAGAGUUUGGAAGGUUAUGAAGGAAGACAGGAGAUUCGUACUGUAGGCAUUGUUUAUGAAGAUAGAUAUAUAUAUAUAUAUCUACACACACAGUAAAAUACUGUAUGACUGUAGUACUGAAGGUCUGAUACUGGAGAAUGAAGGUAUGGUAUUGGCGUUGGGAUGCCCUUGUGUGGUUGGAAAUGGGCUCUCUCUGUUUAGAAGAAUGAAAUCUUUUGUAGCUAUGUUUUAUCGUAGGUAAAUGUAACCAACUUGAUUUUACAAACUCCUGCAGCUGUCUAGAGAUCUAUGCAUGUGCUAUGACUCAGGUCCAGAAGCCUGCUACUACUAAGUUCAAACACAUAAAAAGUCCCAUCUAACACUGCAAGCAGUGAUGCCUUAUCUGCAUAUGAAUCUUUUUCAGUAUAAAAACAUACUUAAAAACAUCAGAUCUUUUUAAGUUGUAGUGGUUUAUCAAUUAUGGAAGAAAAAAAUACUUGCAUUUAUCUGCAUUUUCAACCCAUUAUAUCAAUGAACUUGGAUUUAGCACACAGUAAUAUUUGAGGCUGAUGAGGUGUGGUAAUGCUUUCUUUUCCUGCUAUGCAUAUUGAAGUUCCACAGGAAAUACUACAAAAACACUAGAACAUAUUUAAAUUGUUGCUGUACAUAAUGCUAGCAUAUGGCCUUGGUUCGCUGUAAAUUAACUUUUGUACAUCUUUGUUAUUUUGUAUAAAAUAGUUUAAAAAAUGUUUCUUAAAAAAAGAGAGAAAGCUCUGAUGAUUUCAUUGGUUAUGUUUGUAUUCUGGUUCUACGUACUUACCCUGAGCCAUGGAACUGACCUAAGCAGUAAUAAAAUCAAACUUUUCUACCAACGUGCAUACACACACACACACACACAUACACACACUACACUACAACUUAAAGGCAUUUUUAACAGUCAGAAAUAAUUUGUAUUCUUAUUUAUGAAAAAGUAGAAAAAAUGCUUGGUUUGAAUAAUUUGAAAAUAUCUUUCCUUAAGAUGGGUGCUGAUUCAAGGAGUGGCCCUGCCCCAUUGUUUGUGAUACUGGAUGCUUUAAUCUAUUGUGUGCCCUGAAAUGUAUUUUUGUACUAAUAGACGAUUUAUUAUGGCACAUCCAUUUUGUUUUAUUUUGAUAUGAUAACACCGCUUCAAUCUGACACUAGUUUAUUUUUCCUGUGUGGC